UUGGCUGAGCUCCCUGAAAUCGACCAAUAAUGUGUGCUAGGUGUGGACGACGAUUUGCCGGAUUCAUCACCGAUCAUGAACAGAGAAAGGUGUGGGGUAUGGGAGUUCUGUACCUUCUAGGAUUCCCUAUUCUCCUCCUUAUGAUAGUGGUGGGAGGAAUAAAGGCAGCACCACCUGGCGAAGAGAAUCCGAACUGUCCAGCUGAACCUAACAUGCCAUGGUUUCUUAUCAUAGGAGGAUGCGGUAUUACUAUUUUACUAAUCCUUAGGAUUGCGAUCAACAAGUGCCUAAGGUGUUUAAAGGAAAAUGAACGCUGUUGUGAUGAGGUGAUGGGUUGUUUCUGUGAGUUUGGUUGUAGUAUGGUCUACGAUAUAUUCGUCAUCAUCCUCAUCGUCCUCUGGAUGAUCACUGUCACCUGGUGGGUCUUCAGACACAGGAUGUCCGAUCAACUCUAUAGUAUACUAGGACACGAGAAUCUGGAUACAUUUAGGGCAUCCUUGGGAGAUAAUGAUACCAUUCAUCAUAUUCAAUUCGAUAAUCCAGAAGAAGAAUCAUACUGUGACAGGAUUCUGUACGAAGUAUCGUUUGCUCUGUUAUCGGCCGGCUGGCUUGUGUUGGCCGGCGCGCUACUCGUCUUCAUUAUCGGGAAGGUUUGCUACAGCGUAGUUUGCUGUCAGCUUUGCAGGAGUAUAGAGGCUAGGAGGGGGGACGAGGAGGAGGAGAUGAGAUUGAAUGCAACUAAAGACAAGGAGGAAUUCCUCUGAACUUACAAUCUCAAUUCCGUGCCACCAACCCAUCCAUCAAUCAAUCAAUCAAUUAUUUGUUAAGUGUUAAUUGAUGGUAUAUUCAGGCCUAAAACUCAAACGUCGACUCCUUUUUCUCAAUAUUUUUAUCAUUAAUAUACUCAAAGGGGCUGUACGCAUAAUUUUAAGUGACCCUACAUCAAUGCCCGAUUUAUAACGCUACAAUGAAAAUCAAUAUCUGAUCGAUAAUGUGGAAGAUAUUUUCGUUUUUAUAGGUUGAUAGUACCGUUGUGAAUCAAGGAUUGUGAUCUUUACACGGAGGGUCACUUGAAAGUACGCGUUCAGUCCCUUUAAUUUAAAAAGUUCUCUUUGAACACAUGAAACCAAAGUUUGCGUCUCAAAAUGACGAUAUAACCGGCCAUAAUUACGCAGUAAAACCUACUGCUUCGUGAUCAUUAUUUACCCCUGCAAUACUUCAUACAUGGCAUAAUAGUACUCAAUUAUACGCUCAUUAUCAAUCCUGAUCUGAACUAUUAGAACCUCGAUAUCUUGUUACAAAUAUAUACAUAUUUAUUCAUUUUAUUUGUCGCCUGGCAUCCAAAGAAUGUUUUUUAACUAUUGUUUUAGUUAAUUUAUUAAAGUUAGAAAUGAAAUUAUUCCCUGUUAUAGAUUAUAAUUAGUAAUCAAUUUUCCUAAUGAUAAGUACUUGAACUAGGGUUAUUGCUGCUUUUUAAAUACUCUAAUCUAAUCAAAAAUUAUUUGUUAAUAGAACCUUCACUUAAAUCCCCAUGAACCCUGGUCAUUAUUUUAAAGGCAAAUAUUUUUAGUCGCAAAACUUUCUUACAGGAGAUUAGAUUCCUUCUGAAUAAUUUUUUGUUACCCCUACAAUUUGUGAUAUUACCCCUCGUGUUUUAUUCAACGCUUUGGCUGAUUGUUUUAAACCUUGUUCCUGGUUACUUUAUUACAUCAAGGCAUUAUUCGUUCUGUGUAUUUUGCUGAUUUUAUAAACUUAAUCUUAUCCCCUCUGCCGUUUCACUCAUAGUUAAUACUUUGUGUUUUAAACCGCUAUCAUACUUGAUAUUAAUUCCUAGCUAGUUAUUUUAUUUUGUAGUAGCGCUCUCUUCCGCCAUUUUUAAUCCGUUUCGUGCCAUUUUGAAAUUCGAUCUACUGCUCAAAUGUUGUUGGAACACAUGGUAAUUUAUUGAGCGUUGUUGUGUGAUAUUUAAUCUGUUAAAUCUUUUAUAAAUGUGAUGAAAUAUACUAAUCAAUACUAUUAAUGGAACACAAUUUAAAACCUCGGGGUAAAACUUUUGCGUCUUAAAUUUGUGUUUACAGCUAAGCUUUAGAUACUAGAAAUGGUUUAGCUUUCACCGAUUUAAGGAAUUCAUUUAAAAGUUUUACCCUCUCGAAAAAAAAGCAAGAAUUAUAUUCUAAAAUUAGCAAUUUUGAUUAAUUUUAUUAUUCACUGUGGGAGUUGUUAUAAAAGUAUUCUUUCAGGGGUUAAAUGUAAAAAAAAGCUUAACAGUUUCAGUGGGGCUAUGGAUUGGUCUGUUUUAGCUCAGAUUGUUAUCGAGACAUAGAUCUAAAAAUCUUCCGUUUGAAGAAUUUUUUGAAAAAUAGUUUCUGAACCAAAUUUAAAGAGCAUUUUAAAACGCCCACCACUUUUCAUCCGCGAUUUAUUUAAAUGUCACCCAAUUUAUUCCAACUGCUACGUAACUAUUUGAACAAGUUUCCCGCAUCUUAAACCAAAUCCCUUAUCUGUGAAAUUCGUUCCAUUGUGCUUGUUCUCUGUUACGAAUAAACUAUUUAGAUGUUUAAUCCUAUUCUCGACCCGAAACUUUUGAUUUCAGA